CCGGCAUCGAGGAAACACAACGAGGGAUAUGCGCGCUGCGACUUGCGUGGGAGUCGGUUUACAACUCAAUGCGCUAUCAAGAUGUCAGGACAGGACAAGCCCUUGUGUCUUCAUUUCAACCAAGACCAUGGCAAGGAGACCAUUGUCUUUUUACAUGCGCUGCUCGCAAGUUUUGUCGAAUACGCCAAUGUGAUCCAAGCCCUACCUGACCACCAUCUCAUGCUCGUCAAUUUACCUCGCCACUCGCAGUCUUCCAAAGUCCCGCUCUUCGAACUUGGUUCGGCCGCAAAAAUAGUCGCAGAGUUGAUCGAGAAGCAAGCUCAGGACGGUCGAGCCCACCUUGUAGGACUUUCCAUGGGAGGCUUUGUUGCUCUGGAAAUAGCCAAGUGUUGCCCUGAGCUGGUUAGUUCCGUGUUUGUUACCGGGGCUGUUCCUCUGGAUGGUUGGCGGAGGUGGCUAGCUGAACGGCCGUUGAUGCUCUACAUGGAGUAUGGUCUUGCUUCGUUCAUCCAAUACUGCCCCGAUUGGCUUUACUGGCAAGUCUGUUCUUGGCUGGGCCUUCAGCGCCAUGACGAGCUGCGCCAUGAAACAUGCAAGAAUUUCAAUCUCGACCUAUUGAGGCAAGGCUACGCUGCGAUACUGAGCUUUACUGUGGAAGACAUGAAGUCAAUAAGAGCCAGAACUCUGAUUGUCGCUGCGUCAGCACUGGACAACGUGGACACAACACAAAGCAUGGGAAGACUGCUCAAGGCCAAAAAUGUGGAGAGCAAAGCUGCAGUUGUUCGAGGCUUGGUUCAUGCUUGGAACUUGCGGUUCCCGGAGCUUUUUUCAAAGACCAUCAUGGCGUGGGUCGGAGGCUGCGACCUUCCCGAAGGUUUAGAAGAGCUGGUAUGACUCUUCAGGGGCCGGAGGUCUUGGUCUGGAUUUUCUACUUUCCCUGGUAGAAUCCACUCAUGGUCUUCCACCUUGCGGCUCUCCUCCGUCGAAAACUGACUCAAGAAACGGCUGUAACAGUUGGUGAAACUCAUUCGGCUUCGAAGAGAAGACCACGUGUCCUGCGUCGAUGAACUCUAGCUUUGCAUGAGGUAUGCACAGCCUGGUUGCCUCGGCAACUGCCUUGGAACAGACCGGAUCUCUGGUGCCCCAGAGAAGCAACACCGGAGCCUUGAUGCUCCCUGCUCGAGAUCGAAGAUCAUGCCCAGGAUCCAAAAAGCUGCGCCAGAGUGCGGCAGCAAUCGAUGCGCCUUCCUCGGUUCUUGCCCUGGCUGUCACUCUGCGGGUGAUUUCCUCGUCAUGGCUUGUCUGAGGGCUCAUAUACUUUCCCACAAGAUGCGGCGUCACCCAGCGUGAUAUAGUCGCAAAACCCAGCAGCCGAGCCACCAGCCGGGAGAAGGGAGUCCAGGUGGCGAAACCGCCCGUGUUGACAAGGACCAGUCCUCGAACUUUGUCUGGAUGAGUGAUGGCCAGUCUUGCCACAGCAAAUCCUCCAACUGAGUUGCCGACAAAGAUGGCUGGUUCCAGCUUCAAUCCCUCAACAAUGUCCUCUAGGAUAUCUGCAAACCCAACGGCGCCAAGAUAUUCCUUGCUUGAUACUCCUUUGGAGUCGCCGUGCCAGGGCCAGUCCACGCUGAUUGCCUGGUAUUUCUCUGCCAGACGAUCGGCAAUGACCUCAUAAUCUCGGCCGUCGUGAAGCGUUGCAUGUAACAGGACUAUUGGCUGGCCUUUGCCUUUAACACGGAAGACAUAUAUUGGACAUUAUAACCAGGUUUCUUUAUAUACCCUCUGUCAACCUCCUUUGUCGCAUUGUGAGGCUGUGGAUGCGACGGAGCAGGAUUGGCGGUCUUUGUACUUUCGUACGAACGAGCCAAUCACAGGGCAUGAGGCACUGGGCUAACAACUAUCCGACGGGCAGACUUGAGAACUUAGUAUGCUGUUGAAGAGACGCUUGUGUCGACAUAAGUGUGAAUCACACAGACGAAGACCUCUUUUCGAGACGCUGCGGUUUGCCGACGUAUACGUAUUGAGCGAGCUUGCGAGAUCCGCAGUCGACCUCGAGAAUGCAUCCAAUUCUCCAAAUUGGCUUCCCUUGCUACAACCUUCACCGGUCUUGUUCC